GCGGGCAUUUAUUUUGAAAGAAUACGGAAACGCACUCUCCUUUCGGUAACUUCCGCCGUCUCUUCCCCCUUCCCCAGCCGGUCAGCUGACCAUCGGUCGGUCUCCUGACUGUCAAACAAGUGAAACCAUCUGUGAGACCUGGACCCACAACUUACUGGACUUGGACUUGCAGAACUUCUAGGACCCUCGGGCACCCAAACCACGAGUCCCGGCUGGUGAAGCUCCGAACCUCGGACUGGUUCCUGUUUCGGGAAGGAGGCCUUAUAUCCGGCCUGACCACCCCGCCUCUUGUUACUGUUGUUUCCGCUGUGAGGCCGGUCAGCUGGUCCCUGUCCGACCGGAUCUUGUGCGACCCGAGGCGGCCUGUCCAGCGCUGCGUCGCCCCGGAGCAGCAUGGCCCCUCUGGAUGUGGCCCUGCAGGGCUUCUCGGUGUUCGGUUUGGUUCUGUUCGUGGUGCUGUGGCUCAUGCACUUCAUGUCCAUCAUCUAUGUGCGUCUCCACCUCCAUAAGAAGAAGUCUGAGGUGAAGCAGCCGUUUGCUCAGGUUCUUGGAGUUUCUUUGCUGAAGCCGCUGAAGGGCGUCGACCCCAACCUCAUCUCCAACCUGGAGACCUUCUUCACGCUGGACUACCCCAAGUAUGAGAUCCUGCUGUGUGUCCAGGACCAGGAUGACCCAGCAGUGGACGUCUGUAAGAAGCUGUUAGGAAAAUAUCCCAACGUGGACGCUGGACUUUUCAUCGGUGGGAAGAAGGUCGGGAUCAACCCAAAGAUCAACAACCUGAUGCCAGGAUACGAAGCAGCCAAAUAUGGACUGGUGUGGAUCUGUGACAGUGGCAUCAGAGUGAAACCCGACACCCUGACCGACCUGACCAAUCAGAUGACAGAGAAGGUGGGAUUGGUCCAUGGGUUGCCAUAUGUUGCUGACCGCCAAGGCUUUGCUGCCACUUUGGAGCAGGUGUACUUUGGGACAUCCCAUCCUCGCUCCUACAUCUCAGCCAACGUAACGGGGAUCAAGUGUGUGACAGGAAUGUCGUGCCUGAUGAGGAAAGAUGUGUUGGACCAGGCGGGGGGGCUGGUGGCCUUCGCUCAGUACAUCGCUGAGGACUACUUCAUGGCCAAGGCCAUCGCCGACAGAGGAUGGAAGUUCUCCAUGGCAACACAGGUGGCGCUGCAGAACUCUGGCUCCUACUCCAUCGGACAGUUUCAGUCCCGAAUGAUCAGGUGGACCAAGCUGCGGAUCAACAUGGUUCCUGCCACCGUCCUGGAACCCGUCUCCGAGUGCUUUUUGGCUAGCCUCAUCAUCGGUUGGGCCGCUCAUCACGUGUUCAGGUGGGACAUGAUGGUCUUCUUCAUGUGUCACUGCCUCGCCUGGUUCAUCGCCGACUACAUCCAACUUACUGGAGUUCAGGGUGGUCCUCUGAGCUUCUCCAAGCUGGACUUCGCUGUGGCCUGGUUCAUCAGAGAGUCCAUGGCCGUGCAGAUCUUCCUGUCGGCUCUGUGGGACCCCACCAUCAGCUGGAGAACGGGUCGGUACCGGUUGCGCUGUGGCGGAACCGCCGAGGAGAUUUUGGAUGUGUAGUUACCAUGGCAACCAGCCGCUCUGCUUCCUCCUCCAGAAGAGGAAGGGCAGACAGAGACUGAUUGUUUUAUAUGAGGCGUGUGUGUGUGUGUUUUUUAACUAUUUAUGUUACUGUUGGUGCUAAACAUAAAAUGACAGAACGGGUCAAUCAGAACACGGCAGCGAAGAACAAAGAGAAAAAAGCAGAGGGAGGAGUGAGGCAUCGCACUGAAUAACCUGAUCUCUGAUCAGCUAAUAAGGAACGAGCAGUACCAUCUCUGACUUCUCAUUGGUUCUCCUUUAUUCAAGUUUUCACAACAGGAAAUCAGAGCAGCAGCACUUUUACUUUGAAAUCCACAGGAAAUCUGAUAGUCUUACCACUUGUUCACCACCAGUAAUGUUACUGAUGCCACCUGCUGGGCACGCUAGGGACAGCGCCACCUGCUGGGCACGCUACGAACACCGCCACCUGCUGGGAACGCUAGGGACAGCGCCACCUGCUGGGCACGCUACGAACACCGCCACCUGCUGGGUACGCUAGGGACAGCGCCACCUGCUGGGCACGCUACGAACACCGCCACCUGCUGGGCAUGCUAGGGACAGCGCCACCUGCUGGGCACGCUACGAACACCGCCACCUGCUGGGCACGCUAUGAACACCGCCACCUGCUGGGCAUGCUAGGGACAGCGCCACCUGCUGGGCACGCUACGAACACCGCCACCUGCUGGGCACGCUACGAACACCGCCACCUGCUGGGCACGCUACGAACACCGCCACCUGCUGGGCACGCUACGAACACCGCCACCUGCUGGGCACACUACGAACACCGCCACCUGCUGGGCACACUACGAACACCGCCACCUGCUGGGCACGCUACGAACACCGCCACCUGCUGGGCACGCUACGAACACCGCCACCUGCUGGGCACGCUAGGGACAGCGCCACCUGCUGGGCACGCUACGAACACCGCCACCUGCUGGGCAUGCUAGGGACAGCGCCACCUGCUGGGCACGCUACGAACACCGCCACCUGCUGGGCACGCUAGGGACAGUGCCACCUGCUGGGCACUCUAGGGACAGCGCCACCUGCUGGGCACGCUACGAACACCGCCACCUGCUGGGCACGCUAGGGACAGUGCCACCUGCUGGGCACGCUAGGGACAGCGCCACCUGCUGGGCACGCUAGGGACAGCGCCACCUGCUGGGCACGCUAGGGACAGCGCCACCUGCUGGGCACGCUAGGGACAGCGCCACCUGCUGGGCACGCUAGGGACAGCGCCACCUACUGGGCACAUGAACAACAGGUGACGUUCUGGUGGAUUUAAUCAAUCAGGAACCACGUCGCAGCUUAUGGUUAAAGUCGAUGUCAGCGAUCAGAAACCAACAACCUGCCGGUUAAUUAGUAACUAGUCGAUUGAAUCUAAAGGAUUAUAAAAUAAAACCUUUUAGCUAAUGACAAACAUUCAGUUUCCUGCUGCCGCUUAUCUCUGACCAUUUGGAUGGUUUUGGACCAUCUGAUGAGAAAAAAUAAGAUCCUCCGACGGUCUGAUAUUCAUCUAUAGGGUCUCAUAACCCGUUGGGACUCGUUGGUGCCAACUGUCCCGCUCCAUUUGAGAUUCAAGUCUGGGAUAAAGAUUUUUUUUUUUAGCUUUACGUUAGAAAUAAAAAUGGCUACGAUCUGGAUGGACUUCAGCCAAUCAGACGCAGAGAUCCUCGUGGUUAAAGGUAUAAUGUAAAAGCUGAACAAAGAUGCACUUUGAUAGAAAACAAAGAUUUUUCUUUCAGUUUGUUGUUACAGAAACGUCCGCUGUGACGUUUAUUUUAACCGACCCAACUUUGAACUGAGAACAAACUGUGAGUGAACUGGUGGCACUGAUUAUUAGUUACGGUUUUAGAUGAUCUCAUUAAAGGUCGGCCUUAAGUCCCAGUACACAAAAACCCAAAAAACAAUCAGAAACUUAACAAGACAUCACACUCUGCUCCUAAUGAGUUAAACCGAGUCGACCAAUCAGAGGCCAGCAUCACUGUAAUGAAAUGAUCUUUUAUUCUGAUGGUCAAAACAUUUCAACAGAAAAACCGGACCAAAAGAAGAAGAGGUGAGACAUUUCAGAGCAGCCUGAGUCAUUCAUGCUGUGUGUGUGUGUGUUUGGAUGGGAGUGUGUGUGUUGAGCCUCGCGGGUUUGGUGAUGACAUCAUCAGCUGUCGGAUGAACCCCGUCUAAAAAUGUUUCUUUUUUUGUAUAUAUCAUUUUUUAUUGUUAUAAACGCCUGCUGUAAAUGGACCAAUCACAGACGAGGACGUUAAAUCAUUAUCCAGUCAGCCCUUGCCCUGUGAUUGGCUGAUGGAUGAGGCUGUGGGUGGAGCUUGGACAGACAGAUGGCUGCCAUUGGUUGUAAAGUUUAUUUAUUUAUUCAUGCUCCAACUUCCUGUCACACCUUCAGAAUAAAUAAAGAUUCAACAAACUUUG